AUGUUCUCAGUUCUGUUGAAAUUGAGAGAAAUUACUUUCUAUUGUCAGCACAUUCAACAGAAGGGGAAGUUCUGCCUGCUGCUCCGUCGCCGUGCCCUCUCAGCUCGGGAGCGAAAAUGCAGAUGUUUUGCUGUGAAAAUGGGUUUGCAGGAGAAUGCAUGCAGCAAACGCAAACCAGCAGCUCAACUGACUAAAGAUCACGUGCAGGGUGAAAGCACGGAGAAGGAGCAACAAGAAACAGAAACUCCUCUCGACCUGAAGGAGGCCGAUGCAGACACCUUGAAAAACAGACGCCGCCUAAAGAUAGUGCGGACGCAUGCGCCUCCUGUAGCUGUCUGCUCGGAGCCUCUGGCUACGAAGGAAGGCGCAACAGAAAGCAAAGCGCAGUUGACACCCGAACCGACCCCGCAGGCGGCAGAAUCCCCUGCAGCAGCGGCUGCAGCACCUGCUGCAGCCGCUGCUGCAGAACCUGCUGCAACAACUGCUGCAACAACUGCUGCAGCAACUGCUGCAGCAGAUGGUGCUGCUGCCGCACCUGAUGCUGGACAGACGGCGCCAGCUGCCCCUGUAGCAGAGGGAGCAGGCGCAUCCACAGGCACGGAAACCGCCUCUGCUGCUGAUGCUGCUGGUGGCGCUGCAGCUGACGCAGCUGCGGCAGCUGCUCCCAACGGAAACGCAGCAGCAGGCAAUGGCAGCAGCAGCAGCAGCAACGGCAGUGGCGGUGGCGGCCUGUUUGGGUCUGUGUUGAAAGGGACGUCGGCGUUUGUCAGCCCCUUCGGUUCUCUCGGAGCAGCAGGCAGCUCCUUCCUGCUGCCUUCUGCUGGAGCUUCUGAGGGCUCAUCGCUAUUCAAAGGCACAGGGGCGGCCCCGGCAGCCGAAGCAGAAGACGCAGACGUACCCCCGCCGGAGGAACCCACCGUCGUCACAACCACCGUUGACAGCAAAGAGGAAGUUAUUUUCACAGACGUGAGGAGUUUUUCCAUCGCUGGUUUCGUCGUUUCCCUUUUUGUGUAG